UCUCAGAAUAUGCUGCGCAAGACUCCUAUUUCCAGACUUACUGUCCGUGGCUGCCCUUGGAGCACUGUUGCCUCCCUUGCAGUGAGCACAAAGGAACUCCCAUUAGGUGCUGUACUGAGCAAGCAGUGUCACUGGUGUCCCUACAGCAGCACGACAGAGCACUAUAUCAGGUUAUUGACAUCCUGCAGCAAGCCAUCACUUCAGCCUGAAGGUUUGUGGAAGAAAUAAGCCGUACAGGAAAGUGGAUGAAAUUAAAUUUUACAUCUAUUCAUUUGGGACCCUGAUGAGUAAUACCCAGGGAGAGGCAGAAGAUGGUGAACUUCACAGGGAAUGCAACUGAGAAGUGCACUAUUAAUCAUGAUAUCCACCAGACAUUAUCCCCUGUGGUAUACAUCUUUGUAUUUAUAUUAGGCUUGCCAGCUAACUGCCUGGCCCUGUACUAUGGGUAUUUGCAGAUCAAGGCUAAAAAUGAACUGGGCAUCUACCUUUGCAAUUUGACUGUUGCAGACCUGCUCUACAUAUUUUCAUUGCCUUUUUGGCUUCAGUAUGUUUUACAGUAUGACAAUUGGACCUACGACGAGCUGCUGUGCAAGAUUUGUGGCAUCCUCUUGUACGAGAACAUAUACAUCAGUGUGGGCUUCCUCUGCUGCAUCUCCAUUGACCGCUACCUGGCGGUGGUGCACCCCUUCCGGUUCCAGGGCUUCCGGACCAUGAAGGCAGCUGCAAUUGUGAGCAUAGUUGUCUGGGCCAAAGAAAUCAUGACUUGCUGCUUUGUCUUUACACACGGUGAGAUCAGUAUGGACGCCGAGAGCCACGUGGUGUGCUUUGAGCAUUACCCCAUCAAAGAAUGGGAGCACAAUGUCAACUAUUACCGCUUCUCUGCUGGCUUCCUUUUCCCCUUCUUUCUGCUGGCCUUCUCUUACUGUGGGAUUUUACGAGUUGUCCACAAGAGUCACGGCACUCAAAACAAGAAGAAAAUCCAAAUUAAACGACUGGUUUCAAGCACUGUUUUCAUUUUUGUAGUUUGCUUUGGACCAUAUCACAUCCUACUCGUGGUUCGCAGCUUGUUGGAGGACAACUGCUCAUUUGCUGAGAAAAUAUUUAAUAUUUACCAUUUUUCUCUCCUGUUGACCACUUUUAACUGUGUAGCUGAUCCAGUAUUGUACUGUUUUUCCAGUGAAAGCACUUACCAGAACUUUGCCAAGAUGCGAGACUCUUGUUUAACAUGUUUAGGGUGUCUGAGGACCGAGUCGAAGGAAUCCUACCCGCUGAACGCUCCAGAAACUCCCAAAGGGCCACAGCAGGAGCAUCAACCAGGAGUAUGACAAAUAUCACAUGAUAGCACUGAAAGGAAGGACUCCUCCACACCCAACAUGGGCGGCCUAUAGCAUUCAUCAAGAAAGGACAUGAAUCUAAAAUCUGCAGCUAUGCACUUGUUUGUGUAACCAUUGGAUUUAUCUGCCUAUAACAACGUUACCUCCCAAAGGCUUACUAGCAAUGCACUACAGUGAGGUCAUUUCUGGAGGUGCUUGGACCUUGGCAAUACUGAGUAAAGCACAUGCUUAAGUCAGUUCAGUUACAACCAUGUGUCUGUUGUCAUUGUAGUACCACUCAAAACUUCUUAAUGACUGCACUGAACGGAAUAAGCUAGGACUCAUGCUGUCUGGUUCUGUUGAAUUUGUCUUUAACUGCUGAUUGCUCCUGCAGCAUCUAGAGAAAGCACUUUUCUACAAGCUGUCAUCAUCUGUUGAAAAAGCUGGAGACAGAACAAAUCAAAUGUCCCCACAUAUACUUUUAAAUAGGAAAAAAAGAUAAAAAAUCAAUUUUGGUAACAUGCCUGUAACUCUCUGAAAUAACUUCUCCUUCAGCCAGUUAUGAGGCCUGCAGAGACUGUGCCAGAACCGGCCUCCUAAAACAACCAAUCCAAUAACAUAAGAUGUUCCAGAAGAAUAUGUGCAUGGAACUCAGCAUGUGCUGAGACUUUCAGUCUGUUGAUUGAUCGUACAUCUCAGACUGUUCAACCUCAUCAUAAGGCUCCUGUUGACUUCCAGAGGAUGAGUUUUCUUGGAGAUAAAUAAUUUGGUCUGUUGACAUGGUAAAGAACAGAAGGUUGGGAAUACGUGAGGUGCUUUGAAUCCAUGUGCUUCUGAGUCAUUGUGUUCAAAGACUAAUUACGUUACAUCUAAAUUCUACUAAAACUUGCUAAGAUUUUUAUUGUGUCCUUUGCAAUUUGUGUCUCUUGUGCAAUACAGACCAUGCAGGCAAUUAAAUAACAAUGCAUUUGUGAGGGAAACUGUUACAUGGAUUCUGUUAAAACUCCCUUUUCUCCCACAAAUACUAUAGCUUAGCGUCUGGUCAGAAAUAUGAUGUAUGAGUUAUCUGUUUCCUGGAGUAGACAAAAACCAAAAUACAGGAAUAAGUGGAGAUAAUGGCACUUAAAGAUGUGCGAGUUGUGCUCUACAGUAUUGUUUCCACCACUAUCUCCUUUCUAAGUUGUUGUGUUUUUUUUUUCCUUUAUUAUAUAAAUGAAUCUUGUAUGAUGAUUCUUUGUGAUCUGCUCAUAAUACCUUGUGUCUGUAUUCAUUACACCAUUAAUAUUGUCUUGUCCUUUCACCUCUCUGGUUUCAAACCUUUCUUGGAACACCUCUCUGCAACCUGGAGCUGAUAACUUCUAUCAGUUUUGGUUCUGGUUUUGGUUGUGUUUUUUUAAAUGUCAGGAGAUACUCUAGACAGUUCUCUAGUAGUUGGCCUACUGCUGUCUGAAGCAUGUGAUUGUAACACAGCCUUGCCUGACAUCAGUUUCUAACAGGCAACACAUUCUAACAGUUUUCUGGAAACCACCUCGAGAGUGCAAUAUUAGAAAUAGGGAAUGUGUUUAAUAAAUAUUUUUUUUAUUAUUUUCUUACUAUAUUUGUUGGUUCUGUGUUUGAAAUAACUAACUUAUGGCUUGGGCUCUCAGUUUCUGCUUGUGAGACUACAGAUCUUCUUGCAGAAAGGACUUAUGUCCCCACUCCCAGGAGGGGAUUAGGUUUGCUUACAUUAACAUUUG